AUGGCAUCCUACGCCAUAAAGAAGAAAGGCGAGUCUUCACGGGCGUGGACUGGGGAGCAGCUGUCCAGCUAUCGGGGGAAGGCUCGCUAUAGUUCUCUUGAGAUCUGGAGGGACAAGGGCACCGGGAGGGCUAUAGACCGUGUCACCUGGCUCAACGCCGGCAUAUUGCGCCAUGUGUCCUUCAAUUUCAUCGUGGAACGAAAGGGCACUUUUGGUGUCCAUGAGUGCAUGGUGAAAUAUGAACACAAGCGUAAAGUUUCCGGGAGCAUUGUUGCUCUCCAGAACGCAUAUUCUCCAGAAUGGAAGUAUCCUGCCGGAUUGACUCUCGAAGGGGCGAUUGUGUUGCUCCUAAAGGACUUCGUCAAGGAUCUCUUGCCAAUCAGGGCUUGGCAGAUUCGCAUCUUCUUCCACGAAAGUCACAACCUCACUUAA